AUGAGCACUACCAUAAUGUUCAAUGUUCUCAUCAUUCUUGCAUUGUUACCAUUUACGAUUUCUGUAACGUGCCGCACAUAUUCGCCGCAGGAGGAGAAAGGGCCUGAGAAUAUGAAGAGUUUGUAUUGUGCAUUCUAUAUGACGGAACGCUGUCAUAAGGGUCACUACUCUGAGGGCCCUGCAUGGGGUGCACAACCGAUGCCGAACCAAUGCAGUAUAAAGAAUCAGAUGUUCUCAUGCUCUUGUAAUACUGACUUUUGUUCAAGCGACCACAAUUAUCUUAUGAAGCUAUGGAAGAAGUCUUCUAAGUACUCAAAAAAUAGUAAGUACACUGCUUGCCUGCAGAAGAUAAUAGAUGAAGAUCUUGAAAAGGAUGACAAUGCAGCUUGGAUGGGUGAAUCAGAGGAAGAAUUCGAGGUUGAAAGCCAGAAAAUUCAAGGAGCGAUAUCAGAUGAUGAAGAUGAUCGUGAUGACAUAGAAGCUGAGGAUUUACGAUUAAAACAAAGGAAAAAGCUGACGCCCGGUUACUUGAGUGCCGUUAACCUCGCGGUUGCUUUGAUUGUUUUUGUAUUUUGAUCUAUCACAUAUCGUGCUUGCUACAACACAUCGUUAUGUAUGAAAACAACAUGUGAACGAAACAACUUAAAGCAUGAGA